AUGUCUUCCAUCUCGCAAUACAAGAGGACGGAAGUUAUAGGGCGAGGUAAAUUUGGAGUUGUAUACAAAGCGUAUCAUAAACAAACCAAACAAGUUUUUGCCAUCAAAGUACUCAAUUUGGAUACUGAGGAGGAAGAUAUCAUAGAUGUCCAACAAGAGAUACAAUUUUUAACGGAGUUGAAAAGCGUUCCUAACAUUACGCAUUAUUAUGGCUCAAUACUAAAUGACACCAAGUUGUGGAUUGUGAUGGACUAUUGUGCAGGGGGAUCCCUUAGAACACUUCUUAAGUCUGGAGUUAUGGAGGAGAAAUAUAUUGGAGUAAUUGUUAGGGAGUUAUUAUUGACCUUGAGUGCAGUUCACAAACUAGGUGUCAUACAUCGAGACUUGAAAGCGGCCAACGUGUUGAUUUCGAAAGAAGGUAAUGUUCAGCUCUGUGACUUUGGUGUUGCAGCAAAAGUUGUGUCGAAUUCAUCGAAGCGAACAACGAUGGCAGGAACGCCUUAUUGGAUGGCUCCAGAAGUGAUCAAGUCUGGCGAAGCUUACAAUAGCAAAGCCGAUAUAUGGUCCUUGGGGAUAACAGUUUACGAGAUAGCUACAGGUAACCCGCCAUAUUGUGAUAAAGAUGCAUCUUGGGCAAUGCAGUUAAUAUCUAAAGGUACCCCGCCGCGUCUUGAAGGGGGAGCUUACUCACAAGCAUUGAAGGAAUGCGUUGCUUUGUGUUUGGAUGAAAAUCCAGCGGAGCGACCAUCGGCAGAUGACCUCUUGCGUUGCAAACUUGUCAAGACUUACAAGCAUCAUCCAACGAGCAUCCUUAAAGAAGUCAUCUCGAGGUACUUGUUGUGGCGUGACAGAAACUCAUCGCGCGAUUCUGUAUUUAUAAACUUGGAGAACGAACAAGAGGACACGGUUGACGAAAUUGUUCAAAACAAGCUCCCAGGCUAUAGUGACUACGUCGAAAGCAAUAAUGACCAAAUCCAGGUGAAAUGGGACUUUGACUCCUUGGAGUCCAAAGAAUAUAUCAUGGAGAAUGAAAUAGACGUGAACAAUCUUGAUUAUGACAAACAAUUUGAUACCGAAAAGGACCAUAACACUUAUUCGACGUUACCCACAUUGAAGGCGAAUGUAUCAACUAUGGGAAAUUCGCAUACUGCGGCCGCAAAAUCCGUUGUGGACGUGCCGAAAUCUUUACAAAUGCUAUUUGAAGAUCCAGACGAAAAGAAAAAUGAUCAGUCUAUGUUGAAACCCCCAACUUUGCUCACUUCAAAUGACAGAACUGAUUCUCCAACCAUUGAAAUUCCCGAUAUGGACGCAUUAUCGAACUAUCCAUCCUCCGCGUCACUACUAAAUAAUAAUCAGAAUGUGUCCACCCUCACAAAGCCUCCAACUCUACACCAUACACAGUCAGCUUCUGGUAAUUUAGAAACUCGAUUCAAUCCAAUCAAUACCUCCCCAACAGAUAGCCGACCCAGGAAAAAGACGAUUUCAAAUACAAUGGGAGGUGGUGGCACAUCAUCAAUCUUGUCUCCAUCUGGAGUCGGAGCAACACCACAUACCCUGCCAUAUACAAUGAAUGCUGGUGUUAGAACACCGUCACCAAAACCGCCUUUGAGUGCCAAUGCUCUGAUUGCAGCGAGUCUUGGCUCCAAAAAUAGUUCGCCAUCGAAGAUGAAAGCUCUUUCGGGCAAUCAUAAUCCCCUUUUGCAGCCUAUAAAUUUCAAAUACGGCUCUGUUGAUAAUCAAGGUAACAAUCCAGUAAAUGGUACGUUGCCGGUGCCGCCAGCAGCAGCAGCAGCUCCUCCUCCUCCUCCACCCGGACAAGUCCCUCCUCAACUUCCCCAUCAGCAUUCUAUGCCAAUUCUUCCCCAUUCCGCUGCAGCGCCUGGCACUUCUUCCAACACCAAACCACGAAGGAACAAACCAGGAUUUAUACAAAUGCCCACACCAUCGAAUAGUUUAAAUGUGCUUUCCGCAUUGACCAAUGAUGCGCAGGAUGACGAUAAUGUGAACCAGUUUGGUAUAAAUCCCGCCCACGCAGCGAAUAUGCCUAUAUCGAUGACUCCCGUUACUGAAAAGGAGUCGCCAGUAUACGCGGUAAAGAAUGAUGAUUCUGUCGAGAAGAUAACCCUGUCAGUAAAGGAUGACGUUGUUGCAGCGCAAGUGUCAGCGUCAGCAAUCAGGCCUCACCAAAACAGCAUUCUGGCACAAAAGAAAACGCAACCUUCGCCUUCAAGCUCCACUGCGCUAGCCAAUGGUCUUGGUCAGCAUCAGCAAGGAGUGGGCACUAGUUCAUUUAAAAAUUCAGCUACCGCAAAUCUUGCAUCUAGUGUCGCCUCGGCACCAACCACUCCGGCUGUGGCUUUUCCUACAAUUCCGACUCUCAAAGGUGACCUUUUCAUUGAUUCUACUACCAACAAGAGCAAACUUGUGAGUGAAUUAGAUUCAAUUAUAAAACUUUUCAACCAAGGUUUGGAUGCAUUGGAAACGCAUUUAUGA